AUGCAAUCAUCUGAUAACCUCCUUGUUGAUGAUUUCCAUCAAAACUUUCUCAUCUUUUACGCCAAAGCCAAAGACAUUACCAAUGUUAGAUUUAAUUAUAUGAGAGAAUUGUACAACCUUGGAGUGGAUUCUUUCCCUGACAAUCAAGAAGUCUUCACUAUUCAACAAAAUAACAAGUUGAAUUUGCAAUCUUAAUAAAACAAGCUGAAAAAGAACUGGACAGAUGAUGAUAAAAAGGUGCUCAUAUGGUUGGUUGGCAAAUGGACCGCCUUUAAUAAAAGAGACAUCAAAUCUAUAAGCGAUGCUGACUGGAAUUCCAUUGCCAGCAUGAUGCCAAGGAGAGACGCCUUCAAAUGCAAAUAGAAGUGGCUUCAAAUGCUCAAACUGCCCUUGUAACAAGCUCCAUGGACCCUCCCUGAAGAUGAACUUCUCAGAUCCAUAAUAUAUGACUACCAAAAUUAGAACAAAGGAAACAAAUGGAGUCAGAUUGCCACCACUCUAAACAAAAUCAGCCAAUCAAAUGUGCAUAGAAAUGGUAAAUAGUGCAGAGAACGAUGGAACAAUCAUCUCAAUCCCUUCAUCAAUAGAAAUCCUUGGCAAUUGAAUGAAGAUUUGAAUUUGUUAGAAUUAUCCAUCUAAAAUGGGAAGAAGUGGGCCUUGAUUUCAAAAAAACUAAAAAUACCAAGAAGUGAGAAUAGUGUCAAAAAUAGAUUCAAUUGUCUCUUAAGGAAGGAACGAAGUCAAAAAACAGGGAAAAAAGAUGAAGAAGAAAGUGAAUCAGAAGAAUCUAAGAUUUCGAAUUUUCCAUCCGCAGAGGAGUUGAAUCACGAUGAAAUCAAACUCAUACACACAAUCAUCAAAAAAAUAGAGUGGAGAAUCCAAUAAAGUGAAAACCUCCGAGAAAAUGAACAGAAAGACAUGGUCAAAGAAGAACACCAAGAUAUUGUUAAAAAAGUAAAAGUCGAAUCUAAUUUACCUCCAAAGAGGGAAUUAAGAUAAUCACAACCUAUCCCUAAAAACUAGGAUAAAAUCAACCUAGAAAUUAAAGACUGUCAACUCUCAGAAGUUGAAAUCAGCACACUUCAACCUUGCUUAAUUAAUAAAGAGAAAAAUUAAAUAUUUUUUGUUUCCCCUGAACAACUCCAUCUUUAUCUAAACAAAUCAGAUAUUAGUUAAUAAAGUACCUUUUAAGAAAACAAUCUGUCCAAUCAAAACAGUCUAGGUUCCUAUUUUUAUGAUCCAAAACUAUACCGAUCUUACGUCAUGAUGCAAUAAACUGAAUAUCCUCAAAUUUAGAGUGGAGUUUAUCAGUAAAGAUCUAUUCUUAAUCCUAAUGUGUUGGGAACUUUCCCCAGUAUUAAUAACUAUCCCUUUUCUAUGAACAUGUCAGCUUAUCCAUCUCAAGCAAACUUGAUGGCUCCAUUACAAAGAUGA